CCUCCCAUCUCCUCAAACGCAGCACCAGUGUGUUAUCAGUGAUCACUCAGUAAUCCCAAAAGAAGAGCAAGGGAGAAAGAUGUGCACGUCGAGAAGAGCUUGGGCGGUGGCAUCGGCCGUGGGAGCCGUGGAGGCGCUUAAGGACCAGGGCUUCUGCCGGUGGAACUACACCCUCCGGUCGCUGCACCAGCAAGCCAGGAACCAAGUUCGGUCCUUGUACCAGGCCCAGAGGAGGCUGCCCCUGAUGUCCAGCGCGCCGGACGAUAAGUUGAAGCAGGCCGAGGAGUCCCUGCGGAAAGUCAUGUUCUUGAGCUGCUGGGCUCCUAACUGAUGAAGAUUUUGCGGCAAUUUCCCCCUUUUUUUCUGGAUCGUAUGGAGUCGAAAUGACUGUAAAGUUGUAUAAAGCAGCCCGCAGCUGCGCCCGAAAUUAAUUAGCAAUGAAAUUUUUGUUCAUGCCUUGUGCAUCCAA